ACCACCAACCCCUCCCGAGGUAGGUCACGAAGGUACCUCACCCCGAACCCGAAGGUACACGCACGCACUGACGCCUGCUCCGCUCGGAGCCUUGCGUCACACACUCACAUGGUGGCGCGGUGCGCACAUGGAAGAUGCAGAGACACCUGCCGACCAAGCCGUGCAACCGCAGGUGCCAAUUGGGUUCUAGCGAUUCCCGCGUAGAGCAUAAGUUUGGCGUGUUGGUUCACCACACCCGACGCAAAGGAUUCCCUCACAUUGGGAUUCUGUUUCAUAUUUCACCGUGGUGAUGCAUCGUCCCUAGAUUUUGGGUUCUAGCGGUUCCCGUGUACUACUAUAACCUUGGCGCGCGUGUCGGUUCGAGGAAACCGUGCUAAUUAGCAUGCGACAAUCAUGGAGUUCUUCUCAAUACCAGCUACAGUGCUUUAUUUUAGUCAUUCGAGGGUACUCAUGGCAGGACAAGUGCACGGACAGUUGGUCAUGAGAUUCUGUUCAUAUGUGGUGGUGAUGCAGUAGGACUAAAAUUAUCUCUGAGCAUGACUCGAAUGUCGGGUUCUAGCGGUCUCCAUGUUUAAGAGUGGAAGGAGACAAUGCUAAUUAGCACAUGAUAGUCAUGGACUCGUAAUUUUGCAUUCCGUCGGUUUUAAUUCUGUCAGCAUUUUGUUUUGCUAAUAGUGGUGGGAAAGGAUUGGAACACGGGCAUGUAUAUUGCUUCCAGAAAUGAUGUCAAUUUUAUUCGAUUCAAACAUUUAAUUGUCAGCAAAACCAGGGUAAGCUUUGCUCCGGAAUGGUGCCUGCAUGAUGUUCCUUCCCUAAUAUUUUUUCCUGGUCUGAGUCGUGAGUCAGAAGGUCCACGUUAACUGAAGCGAAUCGGAUUUAUCUGGAAUAUUUUGACUUUGGAGAAUGGCUCCGACCUUAGCUUGCCAAGCUUGUUUAGCAGGAAUCUACCCCACUUGCAGCAACUUGACAGUACUUUAGUUUUCUAUUGUUAGGCAGCUUGGAUUAUGCAGGUGAUGGUGACAAGUUUCCACAGUACUAGUGGCUGUUACCUUCCAAUUUCAAAGUGCAAUGUACUUCCGAUUUCAACAGUAGGACUAAAAUUAUCUCUUAACAUGUCUCUGAUAUGGGGUUCUAGACUUCUAGUGGUCUCCAUGUUUAAGAGUUGGAGGAGACCACGCUUGUUAGCACAUGAUGGUCAUGGACUUGUAAUUAUAUAUUCGGUCCGUUUCAAUUUUCUCUCAGCAUUUUGUUUCUCUAAUAUGGAGAAGGAUUGGAAUACGAGCAUGCAUAUUGUUUUGAUAAAUGACAUCAAAUUUAUUCAAUCCAAACAACUAAUUGUUAGCAAAACCAGGGUAAGCCUUCAUAACAUAUCUCCCCUAAUAUUAUUCGUGGUCUGAGUGGUGAGUCAUAGGGUCCAUAUUAACAGGAACGAAUAUAUCUAUUGUCCACUAAAAAAAUAAUCAGAUUUAUCUGUUUUUUUUUUACUGGAGAAUGGCUCCGACCUUAGGUUGCCAAGCUUGUUUAACAGGAAUCUAUCUUGCAGCAACUUGCCAGUACUUAUGUUUUCUAUAGCUAGGCACCUUAGAUUAUGCAGGUGAUGGUGACAGGUUUCUACAGUACUAGUGGCUGUUACCUUCCAAUUUCAAAGUUCAAUGAUUUCACAUAAUUGUUGAAAUUUCCGGCCGUCUAGCUAGGCUCAUAUUUCAGUAAUGUCUCAGUCAUCUGAAAGAGAAAUCAGUUGACCGUGCAUUGCCGCCCUUGGACUGUAAUAUAUUGCUUACUCUAACUUGAAUUUAACCAUACGCAAGUCUAUGUGGUAGGAUGCAAACAAUAUAUUGACCUCAGUUGACAGUGAAUUUUUUACUUUAAUGUACACAGGCCUCGAGUUGUAGUUUACCUAGAGGAGAGAUCGGUUGUCUUCUAUCGUGACCGUGGGAUUCUAUCUUGAGAGUAAGGCAUAUUGCAGAGGUUUAUUUUUGAACUGCAUGAGGUAUGCCAUUCAUGGGACCAUGCUGUAAUAUAUCUGACCCCUUGAGAAAUUUGUUUUGGCUGGCAGUUCUUAGUGAGCUGAUAGGCUAGCCAACUAGUAAGUGAUGCAUCAAACCAGAAAUUAGCAUGUCCUCUAGUGUUUGCUAAUCUCAAAUUUUUCGUUUACCUUGAGUGAAGACAAACUUCUUGUACUAGAACUAAGUUUCAUUCUUCAGAGGAGGACAGCACACAGCCACACAGGCAAACCACGUUGUUCUAGCAUGCUAUGUCUAAUCAAUGGCAUCGGAACCUUCUGCCUACCUCUCGUCCAGAUAAACCAAGCAUAUAGUGUACAGUGCUAGUGCGUCUUCGUUUGUACUUCCCUUUGGCAUCCAUGUUGAGCAGUAUACCGUGUAUCUUAUGAGGGAUUAGGGAACAUACCGAUAGACAAAGGAUGAUGCUUUAGGUGACUUGCUAACUAGCUGGGGAUUAGGAGACCACCAAGCUGAUGCUACAGAACGGAAAGCAACAGUUUGUUUUGCUACUCUUGUUUUCAGCAAUUGCUGCUCCUCUCAAACACCGAACCCCAUAGGCCUUUGAUUGGUGAAAUUCUCAGUGAUCUUUGUCCACUGUUCUUCCUUCACAUAUUUUGACAGAUGUUAGGCCGCGUUGCAUCAGUGAAAUGCCGACAAGUGUCGUUUGAGAAGCUCUCUAUUAUCAGCUUCAACCUUCUGACCUCUGCCACUUGUUUCAAACCUUUAUUCUUAUUCUCACCUGGCGUGGUCAUUGGAUAUUCGGAUUGCCCACUCAGGAAUAGUUCAAGAGCAAAAAUGUUAUAUAUAUUUAGGCAAAUGCUGAUUCCAUCAAUGUAUUACCAUAUAAUACUGAAUAUUUGAUUCAUACUGUCUAAUUAAUAGUUUAUUUGCUUCUCCAGUAGUCAGUGCUUACCAACUAUGAUUAUGAUGAUAAUUAGGUAUCCACCUGCCGUCCUUAACUCAUUUGAUAUCAGAGAGCAUGUUUCCUGAGCAUGUUAAGCUCCCGCGUCGUUGACAAAAUGGACCAUAUAACCAUUCCUGUCAGUCUCAACUCUCAAGGAAUUAAUUUGAGCCCUCUAUGAUGAAAUCUUGUGGGGUGUGGUGGGGGCAUAUGAUACUUAAUAGCUCUAAUUAUUCAGAUUUGUGACUCUCCUUCCUCCUGUGAAAACAUGUUUAUUAUACUACUUGACAUGUCCGGUUGUGAAGGCAGUUGUACUGCUGGUUGUGAUUAAAAGUACCAUGCUGCCAAGAUCCUUUUUGAAGUGAUUACUUCUUUUACAUCAUAUUGUCUGCACUCUUACAGUUGUACUUUGGUAUCUUUCUCCUUUUCUGAUCGAACACACCAAUAAUCCCUGACCAAGUAAAUUCACAAUGUUACUCUUGACAAUGUGCAGAUGUCGCCAGCUUUGCUUGUCCUGUAAAAAGACAUCUCAGCAUAGUGCAGUAUAUUUAGUUACCUCAGUGGAAUCAUCCAGACACUCCUGAGAGAAAAGAAUCAUACAAUGCUGAAAGCUCACCUGAACACACCAUUUGUGCACUUUUAUCUGAAGUUCUGAAAUAGUCAGUGGAAAGCUGUACAUUGUUGGACUCCAUCCACAAUCUCCCGCUGUUGCUACUUUCUGAAAAUGAUCAUUUUGGAAUUGCCAGGCGUGAAGGCAGGAGAAACGUUCAGAUCAGUAGCAAGAGGCAGCCUGGAACCAGGAAAUCUGUGCGGCCCACGCUUGUGUUUUGUAAGUUCCACUUUGCAACAGCUCUACUCCCUCAGACAAGCAGCUUUGUACUCAUUUAGUUUCGCUCUAUUGUCUACAUCUCAUAACUCCAUUAGAAUCUGCCAAAUAAUUUGUAUCACCUUACAACAAUGGGAUUUAUGAAUACCUGAUUGGUGUCAAAUAAAGAAUCCAGUCUGGGAGCAAGUUGGUGUCAGCACAAAUAAUUUGGACACACAUUAGCAUGCCAAAAUUAACUUGGUUUGGGCUGGUCAAUGAUCAUGAAUAAUGUUUAAGUAUUAAACGUCAACAUUAAUUCUGUAUCAGACAGAAUGAAGCGGUGCUUAUAUUUUUAAAGAGAUAUAAUAUAUAGUACUAAGAAACCAUUUCUUGAGCACAAAAGUUCAAAUCAUAUGAUUUGCGUCUAGGUCGCAUUUUGUUGCCUCUCUGCGUUGCCAUUGGCACAUAUGUGCAGGCCAUAGCAACUUUGAAGUAGCAACAGCACAUAGUCCAACAAUUGACUAGAUGCUGCCACGUAGCAAGAAGAAUUCUUGGAAUAUGCCAUUAGCGUAUUCGCAGUCCCUUCUGUUUCAUUCUGUCAGGCCAGCAAAAUGACACAUUGCACACGUAUGCAUUUCUCUUCUAUUUUUAUUGUGAUGUUUUGGGGGGUAUGUAUGUAUGCUGUGAAGUUGGUGGGGAACUACACAAGAGCCAAUCACCUCUAGCUCAAUCCAUGUUGUAUUAGGCUCCAAGAUCAGGACAAUUUAGCGUGCAUCGGCCAUGAAGGUGGGGUCCACACAUUCUCUUUUCUCCACUACUAGUACUAAUCUCUUGCCCCUCCGCCAUGUGGUUUCUAUAUAAGACACAGUCUGAGGCCACACAUCAAGGCAAUUCUUAUCGUAGAUAGCAACUAAAAUGGAGACCAUGUCAUAUCCUUGUUCCCCUCUUCUCUCCCUCCCCACACAUGAAGAGAGUAACUUUUUCAUGUGGUCUCCUCAAGUAGCUCUCCACGAGAAUGCCACCAUCCAUGUUGAUCAUCCCACUGAUCAGCAACCUGAUAAUGUGUUCUUGGACACUGCAGUUCAAGAUUAUGCUAAUGAUUGGCAUCAACAAGAUGCUUCUGAUGUUGGUGUGUUCACCUAUUGUGAUGAGAGGAUUCAGGGCCAAGAGAGUGGCAACUUGGUCGCGAUCCAGGAAGAGCUCAUGGAGGAGAACAGUUUAACUGAUCUCCUCCUCACUGGUGCAGAGGCGGUUGAGGCGGGGGAUCCAAGAUUUGCCUUGGCAGUGUUCUCGAGGCUUGAUGGCCUCCUCCUUGGCAGCCCUGAAAAUGCAGCAGCCGGCUCUUUUGAUCGCCUGGCCUACCACUUUGCCCAAGGUCUGCGGUCCCGGAUCUCCAGUGCAAGCACCAGUUGCUCUCUGCCGGAGCCACUGCCGUCUGAUAGAAUGUCGGUGCAACAUAUUAUACAAGAGCUGUCGCCGUUUGCCAAGUUUGCGCACUUCACUGCCAACCAGGCCAUUCUAGACGCCACCAAGGGCGAUACACAUGUGCACAUCGUCGACCUGAACAUUGGUGAGGGCAUCCAGUGGCCAUCGCUCAUGUCAGAUCUUGCCCGUCAUGGUGGCAUGUCAUUCCACCUCACGGCGGUCACAGCAGACGCCGACUACAGCGACGGCGUUCACCAUGCAUCUGCGCGGCGGCUCUCGGAGUUCGCGGACUCCUUGAACCUUCCUUUCCAGUACAGCUCUCUCUGUUUACACAGUGAUGAAGACCUGCAUGAAUUCUCCAAGAACUGUAAAGGCUCGGUGAUCCUCUCAUGUGACACAACAGGCAUGCCUUACAAGUUGCUGAGCAAGUUACCGGCACUCCUACCUGCCUGUGUUAAACUGUUACAGCCAAAGUUAAUGGUCAUCGUAGAAGAGGAGCUGGUUAGAGUCGGAAAGGAGGCGUCUCUAUGUAAGGCCUCCUUUGUCGACUUCUUCUUCGAGGCAUUGCACCACUUUACCACGGUGUUCGAGUCACUGGCGAGCUGCUUCUUUGGUGGUAACCAGGGGGCGUGCCUGAGACUUGUGGAGAGGGAGAUGGUGGGGCCAAGGAUACAGGACUUUGUGGGGCAGUAUGGGUCUGUGACAGUUGAGGUCACUACUCCUGUGGUUUUGGAAAGGGAGGGCUCGUCUCAGCUCAGUACGGAUGUUCUGAUUUCAGCAGUCGCAGGUGAUCUUGCCAGCCGUUUCAUCUCAUUCCUAGCUCACAUAUAUGACACUCGAACUUGUGAGGAUGAUGAUCGUAGAAGGCUGGAAUUCGUGUUGCUAAGGAUCCACACUGUUGUUGAGGAAGCAGAGGGGUGGCACAUCACAAAUCGAAGAAUGUUCUUGCAGCUUAAGGCACUCAUUCAGGAUCUUGGCAUGGAGGUUCUGAUUUCAGCUGUGGUGGGUGAUCUUGUCAGCCGGUUCAUCUCUUUCCUGGCGCAAAAUUAUGGCACUCAAACAUGUGUGGAGGAGGACCGUAGAAGGCUGGAACGCAUCUUACUAAGGAUGCACAUGGUUGUUGAGGAAGCAGAGGGGCGGCAAAUCACAAAUCGAGGGAUGUUCCUGCAUCUGAAGACACUCAUCGAUGGUGUGCAUCUCGGGUACUACAUGCUUGACAGGCUCAAGUUCCAAUCCCUUGGAGAAGAGAGCGUUGAAGAUGAUGAGGUGAGUAACUGGAGCCAGUCUCUUGCCGUUUCUACUUUUAGCGCCGCCAAGCGUCUUCGUCUUGCUGUUGCUGCUUCUAUAAUGAAGAACGCACCAGUAGCAUUUGGUACUGGGAGCACGACAAAUUUGAAAAGGGUUCUUGAAAGUUUAGAGGCCAAGACUGCAGAUAUGAGAGAGUUCGUCGUGCUCCUCGGCAGCUGCCCUCGUCUUCCUCGUCAGCCAUACUGUGUGCACCUAUACAUGGAUAAGUGCAUGUUUGGUCGCCACGUUGAGAAAGAGCAACUCAUCAACUUCUUGCUAUGUGAUGACAGUCAUCACGAUUGCACACAUAUUAGCAUCCUGCCGAUCAUCGGCCCACACAGAAUCGGGAAGAAAACUCUGGUGCAGCAUGCUUGCAAGGAUGAGAGGGUGUGCAAUCAUUUCUCCCACAUGUUUUUCUUCAAAGGAGAUGAUCUACGGAACGGAGUAUUUGCAUUUAACAACCAGGCAGCCUCAGGGAAGUACUUGUUUGUUGUGGAUUUCAUCUUCGAUGUGGAUGAGGCAGCAUGGACAAACUUCCAAUCAUAUCUGCAGAAGUUGCCAGGUGCUGGGAUCAAAAUUGUAGUGACAGGCAGAGCAGAGCAAGUUGCAAACUUGGGGACUGCUCAACCGAUCAGGCUGAAGAGUCUGUCUCAAGAAGAGUACUGGUACUACUUCAAGGCACUUGCCUUCGGAAGCAUGGAUCCUGAUGAUCAUCCGAAACUGGCAUCUUUGGGCAUGCAACUAGCGGCGCUCCUACAGGGAUCAUUUCUUGGUGCAAACAUACUCGGCGAGCUACUAAGAGCUAAUCCAAGCACAGAAUUCUGGCGCGGAGUAUUAUCGAGCAUAAGAGUACUUGUUCGCGAGCACAUGUCGUCCUUCGGCACGCACCCGGAGGACCUCCUUGGUAGAAAUUUUCCUGUGAAUUUCGGCAGUGCGGCCUUGGUGGGUGGUCCGGCUCAGGGAUACCUGGUGUAUGAUCUUAGGGAGGCUGGCCCUGCUCAAAGUGAGCUGCCAAAACUGACAUCGCAAGAACUACUGACAGGCCGUGAUAUACCUGUUGAAGACAAGUUUGAGGUGCUAGUAUGGAGAUCUCGGAUCCCGCCUUACUGCGACUACGUUGUUACUUACGAAAAACAGAAGAAUCAUGUGGCAGUGAGAAAACGUCAGCGCAAAAGUUAAUCUGGCAAACAGAAGUGCACAAAGGAGUUAGAUCCCCUUCCUUAUAGUUUAGUAAAUUAUUAUUCCCUGUUUUUUGAGAACCUAUUAUUCGUUUUCCUAUAUACUGAUAUACUAUGUGUGUAUGCACUUUUUAGAUGGGGUAUGUGAAGUGCAGUGAGUUACUGUUGCUAGCCUGAGUUGUGUGUACGUAAUAGAAGCCCUCGUGUAAGGAAA